UGAUUUUGGGCACGAUGCUGGCAUCGCAAUUGGCCGCUCUGGCGCCUAACGUGCUGCGUGGGGAGCUGGCUGCAGCUCGAGUGAUGGGCCUCAUCUCCAAGCGCUCUCUCGCCUACAACGUCAACGCCGAGUUCCACACCAAAUGGUUGCUGGACGGACGUGACGUCUCACAGACGAGCCUGGCCGUGGUGCGCAGACAGAUGGCGCUGGCAGACGCCAACGCUACCUUCUUCCGGCGCACUGUGGCCAGCAACAUCGCUUACGGUUGCUGGGACGCCCGCACUGAUGACAUCAUUUCUGCCGCCAAGGAGGCCGGCGCCCACGACUUCAUCACCGCACUGCCAGAGGGCUACGCCACAGUGCUGGAUGGGCGGGUGACGCUGACGCCAUCGCAGCGGCUGCGGCUGUCGCUGGCAAGAGCAGUGCUGCGGGACGCGACAGUCCUGCUCGUUGAGAACCUGCGCAAGGUCGAGGACGAUGACGCAGAGGCGCUAGUGGAGGCAGCACUGCGACGUGCCUGCUUGGGCCGCACCUGCAUACUGGCAUGCCAGCAGCCACAGUGUGCUGCAGUGCGUGCUGCACAGUGGGUGUGUGUGAUGCGCACUGGCGCCAUUGCUGAGCAGGGUCCUGUUGCCUUCUUAGCCGCCAGCCGUUCACUGUACCGGCGACUCUGCUACAGCUCUACUGUCGACUGA